AUGCAUUUCUCAAUUCUCACAGUCGCAUCUGCUAGCAUUCUCGCAGCAGGCACAAAUGCUAUCGAUGUUUCAGAAGCUCCUGGCUAUAAAGCGAUCCCAACGGCUUCAACCAACAAGUAUCUGAACGACGCAGGCCCAGCUAUUCCAGACUUCGCUGUGAAUUCUCUGGAGCCCACAUACAUGCCCGAGGAGGAUCUGUAUCCUAGCAGUAUAAUCGCACGCAGCCUUACCAGCACUCCAACUACUGUGUCAGCCGCUUCUGUCUCUAACGAACCUGCGGACGAGAGCUUCGAAGCCUUCCUCAAAUGGAUGCAGUUGCGUCAGGCGCAGGGAUACCUUGACCAAGACGAGCACACCAAGGUUGCCAGAGAUGCGACUUCCACCUCCGCACAGCAAACACAAUUUACGGACGGCCCCGUUGAUGGCUCGUAUGGAAAGCCGCUCUACAUUCCCCGGGAACACUCCAGCUCUUGCCGGAGGAGAUGA